AUGGCAAAUGGGAGUGUUGCACAGAACCUUUUGGCCAAUGACUCGAUUCUGAGCUCAACAGGUCUUACGGUGGCUAGUGACAAUGCCCUGGUGGCAUUGUCAAUGGCAUUAUCAUUGUUGGCGCAGGCGUCUAAUGCGAUUUUUAAAAUGAGUGCUAGCGUUGUUUCCAGAGUUUUCUGGCAAACGCUACGGUUCUUUCUGCUGCGAAUUCCGUCGUGGCUUGUGUUGUCAUCCAGCAUCCACAUCACAGUCUCUUUUUCUACUUUAGUCCUGCUGUUCGUGGCUUCCAUGUUGGCUACAUAUUACUUGCUAAGGACUAGAUUCCUCAAUGCUUACAAGCGAUUGCAACCCGAUGACAGCGAAGAAAAGAUGAUCAAAGACGAAAAAUCUCGAGACGAGGCAGAGGCGUUAUUCAUGAAUAAAAACGAAAAAACUCCAAAAAGUGGGUUCACCUCGUAUCUCGAUGAGUUUUUGAGUGCCAUCAAGAUCUUUGGAUAUUUGGAGAAGCCUGUUUUCCACGAAUUGACCAAAAAUAUGAAAACUCGUCGUCUAGAGAAGGGUGAGGUGCUUCUAGUUGAUGACACACUCGGUUUCGCCAUUGUUGUCGAAGGCAGUUUGCAAACCUACCACAAAGUUCACCAUUCGCCCCAGGAAGCGCAACCGGACUUUUUCGAUCGCGAAAAUGUAAGUGAUAGCGCCAGCGACGAUGAACUACCACCUGAUGGCGAUGCAUACACGUUGAACGGCGAAAAGUACCAACUUUUGAAUACGAUCAGGGCUGGAAACCCUGUAUCUUCCUUGGUUAGCAUACUGAAACUCUUCACGGGCAGCGAUGACCAUGCGACUUUGAGGGGUAGACUAACAAAUCAGCAAUUGCGGAACGAUUCUCAUCGCAAUUUAAUGUCACCUUUUUUGGACGCCACACUAGAACGUCACAAAUCAGAACUUCUAAGUGCUAAUGGAACUCCCAGGCCAUCAUUCGAUCCAGGCACCCCUGAAGAUCUCGAGCCUGAAAUUGGACCUCUCAGCGCAGGUGACAUCUUACAGCCUGACAUUCCUAUCGAGGGCGACAUUUCUACCCCAUUGGGAGGUGCACUACCGGAUAUCAUCGCUUCUGCCUCUGAGGAUUGCACUAUCGCUAUUAUUCCGGCUUCCGCCUUUCGAAAGCUGAUGUCGCGGUAUCCGCGGUCAGCAUCGCACAUUAUUCAAAUGGUUCUCACCAAACUCUACAGAGUCACUUUUCAGACCGCUCAUAGCUACAUGGGUCUAACAAAAGAAAUAAUGAGCACCGAGAUAGUUUUGAACCGGUCCAACCAGUAUGAGUUACCAUUUUACUUAAAGGAAGCAGCGAUUCGUAGAAUCAAGCUUCAAGAAAGUUCAAAAGCUGAACCUGGCGAAAAACAAGCAAAACCUACAACAGCAAGAACGAACAUUGGCCCCAACGGAAUUAAAGGUCGGAAAAGACCUACUCCGCACAGUUUUUUGCAGAAUCGUAGCUCCCGUCAUGUUGUCUUAGACUCCAGAGAUCAUUUUAACCCCGGCGAUCUUCUCUCAAACGUUCCCCUUUCUCGCAAAGAACAACCUGUGAUGCGGGGUACAUCCAGUGGCUCUUUUCACCCAUCUGAUGGUACUAGCACUUCUAAAAGUACCAAGAUUUCAGCGGGGCCUGUCGAAGGAUCUCUUUCUGGGUUGCCACCUCUCACAGAUCAAGCAAUGCAAAAAAAUAAGAGCAGUCAUAGUGCGAUCUUGAAAUCAUCUAAAGAGGACGAUGAAAUUAGGGCAAGGUCGUUUUCUGCAGCUCAAGAAGAAACUGAAGAAUCUUCUUGGAGAAUUGCCGUGGUUGAGUGCGUAUUUUCAUAUCUCGGAAUCACUAAAGAAAACAUUUUGCCAGAUUCUUUGGAGGACGACGCAUCAUCGGUGGCUUUCAGGAAGUCGUCGGACGCUUCAAUCACGCCGUCUUCACAAGUGCCUACUCUUCCUGCUUUACGUCUUCUGUCCCCGGACCAGUUGAACACGAAUAAGAAGCUCAGGGCCAAAUCAAAGUCUGAGUAUAAAGAAGAGAUUCCUCACAACAUCGAUUUCGAUACGGUUAAAGAUGAAUUUGCACAGGGGCUGAAAAUGAUGCUGAUCAAACGCGGGUCGAUUAUAGUCUCACAAAAUGCUCACAAUCGGGGUCUUUUCUAUGUCAUAUCUGGUGCCAUCGAAGUUGUGUGGACAAAUGAAGAAGAUAAUAAAGAGCAUGUAAUUAACACCAUCAAGCCGGGUGGGAUCGCUGGGUACCUAGCAUCGCUCGUCGGGAGCAAAUCAUUUGUCACACUUAGAGCUAAAUCGGAUGUGUAUGUGGGAUUCCUCCCCGCAUCAAUGCUCGAAAGACUAUGCGACAAAUACUUUCUAAUCUAUUUGAGGAUUGCAGAAACUUUGACCAAUUUCUUGAAUCCUAAAAUCCUAAAGCUUGACUACGCUUUGGAAUGGAUUCACUUGGAUGCUUCUGAAGUUUUAUAUCGCCAAAAUGAUCCCGCAAACGCUAUUUAUGUCGUAUUGAGUGGUAGGUUACGACAAUUGCAUCAAGUGGGAGAAACAAGUCAAGAUUCUGCUGGGAAGAAAAUCAAGAAGCAGCAAUCUCGAGACGGUCACAAAGUGAGAGCGAUCAGAGAAUAUGCACAAGGUGAAAGUUUGGGAGAAGUUGAUGUCUUGACGGCAAUAAACAGGCUUUCUACAGUUGUAGCGCUUAGGGACUCAGAGCUGGCUCGCAUACCCAGAGCGCUGUUUGAACUAUUGGCCGUUGAGUAUCCAUCGAUAAUGAUUCGCGUUAGUCGAUUGGUAGCGAGGAAAGUCCUACAGCAACAGCGUGGAGUUCAAUCUUCCGAGAUGGCAAAAGAUGGACAGAACUUCAGAUAUGACUUCAACCUACUCAUACCUCCAACCCAGACCACAAACGGGUCAGUCAUAAACUCUGACCAAGAAGAAGGAGCCAGUUAUGAUGGUGGAGGUAGACACAAUUACAGAACUAUAUCAGUUCUCCCCAUAACCCGUGAUCUGCCUGUGGAAAGUUUUGCAUCAAAAUUAGUCAAUGCUUUGAAGCAGGUCGGUAUGUCUACAAUCGGCCUGAACCAAUCGGCUACUCUGUCCCAUUUGGGUCGACAUGCCUUCGAUGGGUUAUCAAAAUUAAAACAAUCUGGCUACUUUGCGGAAUUGGAAGAGCUAUAUGACACUGUGGUCUAUAUAGCCGAUACGCCUCCCAAUUCCACUUGGACAGCCACUUGCAUAAAUCAGGGCGACUGUAUUUUGCUUCUUGCAGAUUCGGCUAUGUCUCCUGCUGUUGGCGAAUUCGAGCGGCUGUUGAUGAGAAUGAAACCGAACGCCAGAAUCGAGCUUAUUUUGUUACAUCCAGAGAGAUAUGUCGAACCAGGACUUACUCAUAAAUGGCUUAAAAACCGAGUUUGGAUUCAUUCCCACCAUCACGUUCAAUUCUCGAACUCGAAAUUCAUGAGUGAUCCAAAAUCUUCUGCCGAGAGUAUACCUUUUUCUAUGAACUUUAUCGAAAGUCUGAAGACAAGAGAACGCUUCAAUACUAUUACGAAGCAAACCCAAGAAAAUAUAUCCCGGCUGUUACCAGACUCCCUUAAAACAACAGUGGAAAAUUUGUCCUCUCGAUACAUGAGUAGGAAACAACGCUAUUACACCCCGGUACAACCUCACAAGGAUGACUUUCUGCGGCUUGCACGAGUGAUAUCCGGCAAAGCUAUCGGGUUGGUUUUAGGCGGUGGUGGAGCCCGAGGAAUCAGUCAUCUGGGCGUGUUACGUGCAAUCGAGGAGAACGGUAUUCCCAUCGACAUGAUAGGAGGAACCUCGAUUGGCGCUUUUGUGGGAGGGCUGUACGCUAAGGAGUGUGAUAUCGUUCCGAUUUACGGACGUAUGAAAAAAUUUGCAGGUCGCAUAGGGUCCUUUUGGCGGUUACUCACGGAUCUGACAUGGCCAGUUACUUCUUAUACUACCGGUCACGAAUUCAAUCGUGGUAUUUGGAAAACUUUUGGCGAUGUGCGCAUCGAAGAUUUUUGGAUUCAGUACUAUUGCAAUUCUACCAACAUCACUGAGUCUAUUCAGGAGAUUCACUCCACUGGCUACGCUUGGAGGUACAUUAGAGCCUCUAUGUCAUUGGCCGGACUAUUACCUCCAAUAGAGGACAAUGGCUCUAUGCUUUUAGAUGGUGGAUACGUGGACAACCUACCCGUAUGGGAGAUGAAGGCGCGCGGGUGUAACACGAUUUUCGCAAUAGACGUUGGAUCGGUCGAUGAUCGCACCCCGAUGAGGUAUGGGGACUCACUGAACGGUUUUUGGAUUGUGUUCAACCGUUGGAAUCCAUUUUCCGAGUAUCCAAACAUUCCCAAUAUGGCAGAGAUUCAAAUGCGACUUGGUUAUGUAGCGUCCGUGAACGCAUUGGAAAAAGCGAAGAAUACCCCUGGCGUUAUAUAUGCAAGACCUCCAAUUGAAGGCUAUGCCACGCUUGAUUUUGCCAAGUUUGAAGAGAUCUAUCAACUGGGAGCCGCUUAUGGACAUGAUUUUUUCCAGGAGCUGCAAAAUCAGAAUAAGAUGCCCAAGAUCCCAGGUUCCGAGGCUUUGCAAGAAGAAGGAGAACUCAGAGAUGGGCUGCUACAUAGGAGAAACAGCAUUUAG